GAAUUUUUAAGCACAAAAAAAGCUUAUCCAAAAUAUCAGACAAUAUUAUAUUUCAGACGACUUUACCUAUUCAAAUCAAAGAAAAAGGUUCUAUAUUCUCUUUCCAAAUUCCGGAAAAAGACAUAAAUGGGGUUACAAAUAGUUGUGUCCCCUAACAUUUUAAACAAAGCAAAAAAGGAGAAAUGAACAUAGGAAUGAUGAAUAAUCAAAGUCUGUACGAACCAAUCGUUGUUCAAAGUAUAGAAAAUAAUCCGACGCUCUCGUUAGACAAUAAAUACGGUCAACAACCAGCGAAAGAUGUGUCCAUUAAUAAUAUUAAUAAUAACUUCGGUAAUAUCAAGUUCAAAAGUGAUCCGAUCAUCUUGCAAAACGAUAAUUUCAUGCAAUACCCUUAUCAAAAUUACGGCAGUUCGACCAAUUCUUUCGACUAUAAUUCCUACGGUGGACCGUUCGACAGUCAUCUUGAUGUACCACAGAUGAUAUCUAAGAGCGACAAAUCGGAACUAUUUCAUAUCAAGGAUAUGAUGAAUCGAAAAUUUUCGGAAGGCAACGAAACGCACCACGAUUUUCGCAAAAAUAUUUCGGAUGAAACGAAAUAUUAUCAUACCAUAUCCCAUCAUCAUUAUCAAAAUCAAUUAGAUCCCCUGACAGAACCACCGCCGACCCUAAAAAAUAAUUUUGCCAAUUCUACCGUUCCUCAAGAAUUGGGCUAUAAAAAUGACCACAAUGGCUAUGACAUUAAUUCUUUUAAAGACCAAAAUGGAAUCUAUUCUAAUCACUUACCCAAUGGACCUUACUUCGGCCUGAAUUAUAGACAUAAUGUUCAACACAAAUUUCCAGGAUUCAAUAAUAACUUCCCAUCCACCACGACCUUAUAUAAUUAUAACUUAGGCCAUACUAACGGUCUCAAACAAAAGUCGGACUUCAAAAAUAAAUCUCGUUACGAUUGUUUUGCUGAUUCUAACAUCGUAUAUUCACAAGAUAACUUCCAUUCCAACAAAAAUCUCGUCAAUAACCAUAUCAUUCAUCAAGUAUCACCGAACGAUAAAUAUCAACCUUACAAUCCAACUAAUGGUAUUUAUAAUUCUCCUUAUCACAAAGUAACAAACGUUCCGUAUUCGCUUCCUCAAAUCUCCACGGCUACUAAGCAUCAUAAAUCUGAAGUAACUACUAAGAACGAUUCAUUUGAUGUGAAGCAUUCAGUGCAACUCGAGAGUAAUAUAGUUCAGAAGGAUUUAAACAAUUCUUAUCUGACCGGUGAUCAAAGUUUAUCCAACAAUUAUGAAUCCUUAGAUCUAAAUGAAGAAAAGCCCAAAAUCAAUAACAAGCAUAAAAAAUUGAGGAAACCCCGAACAAUAUAUUCCAGUAUCCAAUUACAACAAUUAAAUAGAAGAUUUCAGAGAACCCAAUACCUCGCUUUACCUGAAAGAGCUGAAUUGGCGGCUACAUUAGGAUUGACCCAAACACAGGUCAAAAUAUGGUUCCAGAAUCGGAGAUCUAAAUACAAGAAAAUCAUUAAACACAACCCUUCUAGAUCCGAUGAUUCUCCGUCUUCCGAUAUUAAUGAGGAUUCGGAGGAAAUGAAGAAUAUUCACGAUGCAUCAUCUCCCAUUUCCUCUUCCGAUCAUCUUAACGCGUCCUCUGACAAUUAUAACGAUUUUGAUAAUUCUAAUAACAACUUAACGCAAAUGAAUCAAAUUAAUCCAUUUCAAAACCGCGAACAGGGAUUACACCCAAACGCUGCUUACAGCCAUUAUCCCCCAUUCGUUUAUAACAAUAACAGGCCAGAAUAUGCCAAUGACAACAUUGAAUACAAUAAAGAAAUUUCACCAGAUACCGUCACAAACGUUAUGGGUUCGCCACCUUUUUCGCUUUACAACAUCGAUUGUGCAAGAAAUCACGUUAAUGAAAACAUAUUGGCGAAUAUGGAUGGUAACAAAUACUCUAUGGGUUCUCCCGUCAACUCAUUACUCUUAAAUCAAAAUCAAACUUUUCCAAAACUAGAUAGAAUAAUGUACGCACCAAACAUCACAGAUAACCCUAAAAACUGUGUAGCGAGAUAUGAUCCGAUGAGCUCCAUGGUUCAAUACGAUCAUCAUAGCCUUCCCAAGUCUCUGACCAACGAUAAAAGGAUCAUUGCUUGUAAUAUGUCAAAUCUAACUACUAAUAUAUCCAAUCAAAAUACUAUAGUCGAACACCAAAUAAUCAAGAAAGAGCGGAUUUUAAACUCUGACAGCUUAAGUAAUAAUAACGCGCAUGAUAAUAGUUAUGAUUUAGCCGCCCUAAACGAAUCAUCAUCACUUACGGAUACUUCCCUAAAUUCGUUGGAAAUCAACGAGGCCUGUAACCAGGAUGUGAGGAAUUAUACCAUUCACGAACAGCAAGAAGAUUAUAUUCUGCAAAAUAAUCGCAUGAUAAGAGAUCUCAAAGCUAACUAAUAGUAUUAUGUAAUAUGAAUCAAAAAAGUUAAAUACAAGGAGGAAGGAAGUUUAUUGGCUUAAACUUAGUCGUUAAUUUUAUUUAUUAACUCAAUUGAAAUUU